AUGCAUUGGAUUUUCUUCGAAGCCGGUCCCGGCAAAGGUGUUGCUGAUGCAGUUGGUGCCACAACAAAACGUCUGUUUGAUGAUACAACUAAAUUCAAUCCUGAUGAAACGUAUUCAAAUGCAAUGGAUUUAAUGACACAUACAGAAAAUUCAACAAAAAUCCAAUUAUUUUCGUAUGUUAAACAAGACAUUGAUGAAAUACGUCAACAAAUACCGCCAUUAGCAACCGUUCAUGAUACAUCACUAUUUCAUGAAGUUAUUGCUAAACCAAACGAUGAAGUUUAUGCAAAAAACAAAUCAGAUGAAGAGGAAUAA